UUUGGCGCUGGCUGGUUUAAAUAUUUUUCGUAGCGACAAAAAUAUGUGGAGCAACUUUGAAGCAUCAGUGGUGGAGGACGAAACCAUUUCCAAUGCAUUCUCAUCGCGUAGCAUUUUCAAAAUAACCAGCGACGAUGCGGUUACAAAAUAUCCUACGAUUCAAGCGUAUUCGCAAAGUGGCAAAAUUGUCAUUUCAAUUGACAAAAGUCUGCUGCUGCUCGAGGACGAGCUCGUGGCCAAGUGCAGUUUCCUUAGCUUUGGCGCGCACAUCGAUGCCAUCGCCAUUUCGAACAGCGGCAAUCUAAUUGUGUGCGGUCUGACAGACGGCGAAGUCCAUGGCGUCUACAUUAAGGGUCUGCUGCUGUUCAGUGUGUGCAUCAGGAUUGAGGAUGCCAGCAUCACAAGCGGCACAUUUACGAACAUUCAGCAAUUGGGGCAACACUUUUACCUCACAUGCAGCAACGGCAGCGUCUACUGUCUCAGCGAAAUCGAUGAAGCUUCGCUCGAGUCCUUGUCGAAUGUCACCUUAAAGGAUAGUGAAAACAUGGCUGCACUGCUAGAUGAUGUCACCAUUGAACGCACAUCUGCCGGUGGUCGAACUCUUAGUGUGGAUAGCGCUCUGCUGCUCAAGCAACCAACUGUCCACCGUUAUGCCGUGAACAAUCAGGAGACUCAGCGAACGAAUCAGGAGCUGAUCAUUGCUGGUGCACAGGGCACGUUAAGCUUCUGGACUGCGUUGAACGAUGUCACUCGCAUCAAUUUACCAUCGCAGUUUGGCGGCAUAAGGAACAUCUACAAUAUAGAGCAUUAUAUCAUUGCUUUGACGGAGUCUGGCCACUUGCUGCCGAUUUGUCCAUUUACACGUACCGUAAGCUUGUGCCAGUCAGAGCAGAGCAGCAAGCUGCUCAUUGAGGACAUGCAGGUGAUGGAGUGCAGCGAAGAGCAUAUUGAGCUAUUAAUACUUACCAAGCCUACCGCAGACGGGGAGCGUUUCGUUAAAAUUGUCGAAUAUCCCUCAUUGAAGUGCAAAAGCGAGAUUGAAGUUCCGUUGAACGCUUGGCUUAUACGCCAGCCCAAAAGUGCCGUCAAUCUGUAUUAUCUGGCAGCCAAGGCAGUGGAAGAUGGCGAAUUUCCCUCGGAGGUGGAAAUGAUGAUGGUUUCUGAGACGGAUCCCAGUGAUCGUUUCAAAAAACUCAUCGCAAAAGGACGUCUGGAAGAGGCCGAGAGUUUUGGCAAGCAAUUCGAUAUAUGCCUGCAGCUGAUCUACGAGGCCAGGGCCAAACGUAUGCUCGUCGAGCUGUGCAAUGCGAAUGUAAGCAACGCCAACUUAAAGGAGCUGGAGGAAAAGUUUCAAAUGCUGCUCAAUCUGCUGGGUCAGAUCGAAAGCAAAGCAUUCAUCAAAAAUAAUCGCAUGGUCAAUUUGAGUUCGCGUCAGAUUUUGGAGCGUUACCUCAGAGAAAUACAAAAGAGAUUGGAUUUUGAAGAGGAUGAGGCGCAUAUGCUUGAAAUAGACGAGCAACUGCAUCGCCUCAAAACUCUGGCCAUCAUCGAUCCCUACGAGUGCAAUAGCGAGUGGCAAAAGUUUGUCUACAACACGAGUCUGGUGAAGGUAGUGAAGAGCAUGUUUAGCACUGAUAUGCCAACGGCCUGCCUCAUCUGGCGGCGUCACUCGAGCAGCAUUUUACCGCAACUCAACGACGAUGAAUUACGAACGCUGCUGGGCUUCAUACCCAGCAGCACUGUGCCGCUUAAUGUGGUGCAGUGGCUGCACCAAUUUGUGCCCAUGGUCAGCAAUACACAUCCAACCAUUAUGCCGUUCAUCACCGAUUGGAGCAUUGAAAUGACCCGCAAACUGCAGUACGGUGAUCAUUGGCCAGAUAUUGGUUUGGAAUUCGCUACCAAUAUAUUGGAUAUCUUCGAGGAGGUUCGGUUUAUCUACUCUGAUAUGGGUCGUCAGCAGGAGCGUAACAUUGGUAAGCUGCGAGAUCUGGUUAAUGCUCUGCAGGAUUUGUCCGUGUUGAAGAAAAGCUACAAAUUGUGCUUCACGCUGGACAAUUAUAUGCAGGACUCGAUAGACGCGACAGCCUUGCACAUAUUGCAGCGUGCACAUUUAGACAAUUUGCAGAGCCUGGUCAAGAACUUUCUCUAUCCCAUCUAUCAGGAGAAGGGAGGCCAGCCUUUGAACGUUAUCAAGCAAUACAUAUCACAAUUGGUGGCCAAUCGUCAAUCGCUUAGCAAUUGGCUGGAGCGAGCGAUGGCCUGCAUUGAGCUGCUCCACAAUGAGGACACUCGGUUGGAGUGCGCUCUUUCGAUACUGCAGAAUGCACCGGUUCCUUGGCCAGAAACAUUGGGUCCACUUAUCAAGCUGCGCAACUCCACGCAUCCGCUGAGUUUCAAGAUCAAUGCCGAGUAUGAGAUACAGGUGAUCAAGAUAAUGAAGAGUAAAUACGGCUGGCCAGCGGAUAGCGCCGCUGACAUCAAUCUCGAGCUGUUCAUGAUGCGCAUCGUUAAGUUGAAUCUACCCGAUAUGCUGGAGGAUAUUCGCACGCUGACCAAAGCGGCGCCAGAUAUAUCAACCAGUGCCAAUUUCAACUGUUGUUAUCAGAUGGCGCGACGUGGUCAAAUCGAGAUGGCUUACGAGUUCUUUAAGUCGCUCAACAACAAGAAUAACUCCAAGCAGGGCUGCGAUGUAGUUGAAAUCCUGGCGAAUACGCUUGAGAUGAGCUCCGGCUCGUUUGCCAAUGAGGCCAAGCUGCAGGAGCAUGUUAACCAGCUGGAGCUACUUAAGCUAAUGCUGCCCCACGUUGAUUCUAUUUACGGGCAACGUUAUCUGCUCAUCAAACACAGCUUCCAGCUGCGUCAAAAGUUCAAGUUGCAGCUGAACAGCAGCAGUGAUCUGAUUUUGUUGCAAAGGCGGCUCGAACUGCUCGAUGAGGGCAUUGAGUACAUCAUUCCCCAGUCCAAGGCCACAUUGAAUGUGUGCGCUUUUAUGGUGAGUAAAAUGGGUGAAUUAUGUACGACGCUCGGUCUCCAAAAGAUUAGCGGAUUGUUGCGCAUUAGCCAGCGAGUUGGAUGCCUGCCCCUCAGCUGUGCUCUGGCUCAUCACGCUCUGGAAUUCAUCGACUGUGUGCCGGCCAACAGCGGCGACUUCAUCAACUUUGCCGUUGAACUGCUGGUGCAGCAAAUUUGCAAUGCCAAGAGCCGUGGUCAGGACACGCAUUCUUCGCUCCAGACGUUGACCGAGAGUGAUCCGUUGAGCUUUCCGCUCGCCUAUGGACUGCUGACAGAGGCGCUGAUGCACGAGCGGAGUCUUCUGCGGGAUCUAAAUGAGCUAACCAAGUACGUGCGCGUCGCUAUCAUACACUAUCCGAUGGAUGCCAUUGAGGCGCACUAUGUUGGCAAGGCGCAGAGUGUUAACGAGCAGAUUUGCCGUGCCCUGGAUGGCGCACCCAUUGCCUUGGGCGAGACAACGCUAAACUUCUCGACAGCGCUCAAUAUGUCAAUUGACGUUAAGGUAAAUGUGGAGCCACCGCCCAAGAAGCGCUAUUCGGUGUCCAUGUUCGAUGAUGUCGAUGUUAAGCCACAGCAGCAGCCGCAGCGAAAAAAGCGCAUUAGCGGUAGCAUGCCGAUUGUAAAGUUCUUGGCACGAACGCUCCUGCUCAUGACAAUGGAGACUGAUCCCAAUAAUUCGCUGUUGCUGAAGUUGCGGAAUUCUUUGCCGCCGGAUGUUAAAGAGGAUUACGAUGGUGCCUGUGCCGAUUUCUUUUUGUCGUUGGAGCAUUUAACCAAGGCCAAGGAGCACGAUGUUUGGUAUAUUAUGUCACAGUAUCUACUUGAAUACCAGAAUCAGAACCGUAGUAAGAAAAUCAUUAAUGAGGGCUUUAUUUCGCUGCAAUUGCGUCGCAUCCUUCGCAAUGCCAUGAACAACAAGGAAGCUAACUUAAUUGAGCUGUUUGUCAUGCUGGUGGCGGAUAACGAGUCACACGCCUUGCUGGAUAAACUGUCCAUGGAUUUGAAAACUGAUCAGCAAAAGAUUCAUUUUCUCACGCUCUCCGCCAUGUAUAACGAACACUUUGACGAAAUGGAUAAUGUGCAAAUGUUGCGUGCCAAGCGCAACAAACUGUAUUACUAUUUGGAGUUCUGCCAGCAGGAUCCCAGCAUUAAGGGUAAAUUUAAUGCCGAAAUGGAUAAUAUUGAUCAAUUGCUGAAAGAGUUCCAUAACAAACGGCUCAAUGUGCAGCUGCUGGAGCGCAUGAGCAACGAUUUCGGUUUGGACUAUCAGAAAGUGCUAAUCACACAAAUCCUGAGCAUAUUAAAUGCCCAGGAGCUGCGCUACGAGAUCAAGACCAAUACCUUUGGUGACGAGGAGAUCGUAAUGCUGAGCAGUGUGCGUGAAAUUCGUGACCUGUGCCAGCCCUACAUCAAUGAGAUUAAGAAUGUGGAGCUGUUUACCUCCAAGCUACAACAGUUCAUCGAAGAGAUCAACAUUUACUUUUAUGAGUUGUAUCUGUGCGUUAUCGAGAUACUUAUGUUCUUUGAGGCGGCGCCCAAGCAGAUGGAAACCUGGGUAAAUAUUUUGCAUUUCUUGCGCCACAAGAUGAUCACGCGUCGACGCAAUCGUGCUGGUCAACUGGAGACGGACAUGUGGCUGCAAUCCCAAAAGGAAAAUGGUGUCCUGCCAAAGAUUGCUCGCUAUCGCCUGCCCUUCAUGCCCAUUGUGGAGAAGCCGCUCAGAGAUAUUCUCGAUAGUGAACUGAAUGUGGACAACUGUCAGAGCUGGUUUCCGCUCAUACUUAUGUGCACCGAGCUGAAAAACUCCAAGGACAUCACACAGAACUGUGACUAUUUUUGCAUGGCAGCUGUUAAAAACUCAAUUGCCGAAUACAAAUCGAAGAACGAUUCGGAGUCAUGGAGUUUGCAUCCGACCAAUAAUGCAUUCCUUAAAUCUAUCUUGCGCUUGGUUAAGAACGUUCACAAUUCAAGCAAAAUAUUUCUCAUAUUGUAUUUUGUUGCUAGCUAUGCUCCAGAGGGUGCCGACCAAGUGGAGGCCUCCUACGAGUGCUGGAAAUAUGCCAAGGAGCAUGAAGCUCUGAAUAAGGAUCCCAAGUGCCAGGAUCAGUUGAUCAAGAUAAUGCGUAGAUAUCCCAUACAAAAGACACAGCAUUUGCUCUACGUUUACGGCAUGACCGAUGAGAAACUGCUGCGCCUCGUCGAGCAUCCCACAGAGCUCAUACAUUGCCUAUAUCAUCAUGAACUGAUACUUAAAUCCAGCAAAGUGGAUAUUAAUGCUUUGGUCAAAGAGAUUUGCAUGCUGCACGAAAUCAGUCUUGAAGGUAUACAGUUUAAGCUGCUGCAGAAAUGGUUAUCGAUUACAGUGGAGCCUGCGGAUGGUACCAUAUUGGAGGAAACAUUCCUUGAGGAUCACAAUUGGCCUGAGAAUGGUGGCGGCAGCAAUGGUGCCGAUGAAACUGGCAAUGCCAGCGAGAAUGUCGUUCGUGCAUUUUAUAUACUUAGCAGCUGGCCCAAAUCGGAGGCUGUUCAGUUUCUGGUGGGGCUCAUCUUUAAGGGCGGCUCUGGAAACACCUCCACGCAGUUGCAGAUGUACGAGUGUUAUUCCAAGCUCAACGAUGGUAGCAAUUCAUUCAGCAACACCAUCAGCCAGCGCCAGUUCAUCACCAUUAAAUGUGUCCAUGAAUUGAAGGCUCUCGGCUACAACUCGAAUAUUGAAAAGUUUGCAGAUGAACACUGCGACAAGAUAAGCAUUCUGAAGAUGGUGUGGCAGCGCAAUGCACAGAAUCCCCUUUCACUCGAGGUGAUGGCCGACAUUUGUCUAGGCUUCAAUAUACAUUUACCCAAGAUCUGGAAUGGCAUACUCAAGCGCAUGGUCAUAUUUAAUAUGGUGCGAGAGCUGAACGCAUUGGUCGAUGUGCUCAGCUGCAAGCCGCAGCUGCUGCAUCUGGAUGGACUGGCGAUGGCCUUUGACUGUGUGCUCACCCAUCCGCUGAAGAAUGCGGGCGAGACGCGCUCCCACGCACAGGAGGAGCGCUUGCAGAAGACGCUGCUGCGUCUGCAGGGUUGCCCGGUUGUGCAUGCGCUCAAUUUAUACCAAUUUGCCGAGCACUGUGUGCUCAUCCAGCGUCCACAUAUGGCCGCCACAGUGCUCAUUUUCUGUCAAAGUGCUGAGCAGCGCAAAAAGAUAGUUGAGCUCAUCAAAUCACGACAGGUGAAUAACUUACGACAGCAAAUUCUCGACCUGGAGGAUUCCGGUUUGCUGCCAAUGGUUCUUAACUUUGCGCUCAAGGAAUUGGAUAUUUAAUGAAGCAUAUUAAUUAAUUUAUAUAUGAACUGUAAAAUUACUUAAUUGAAUAAAAUACUAUUAUUUCUUGAGAUUGCGAGAGAGAUAAGAAAAGAGUUAAA